CGAAAAAAACAUGGCGGACAAAAUUUCUGUCUGAAGUAGUGAUCUUCCAGAUCAAAACUUGUUUUCGGCUGUGCUGUAAAUUUUAGAGUCCUGUCAUACAUUAUUUUGGAUCAUUUUCAAGACAUGAAGGAAAGCUCAUCUUCUCAUGUAGGACGUGAACAUCUAAAGAGAAACUAACUAUUUCUGUUCAGUUCUGUUAUUACUACGUUCCCAAAGCGAGACGGUUCGAUUGAAUGAGACAAUAUGAGAGGAAAAAAUUCGAAGAAACUGGCUUUUUGCGGAUAUUGAGACUUUUGGUCAGCGUAUCGUAAACAAAAGACAGAGAGGCUUGGUUUGCUUAAGAGUUUAGUUGAUCUGUUUGCAACUCAACACAGGCAAAGUGUUCUUCGUACUUCCUGCUCUCUUGACCCGUAUUUCUCACGCGCCGAUUCAUGCUCUGCAAUCUUUCCUCUUUGGAAGUCAUAGUGUGGCUGUAGCUUGCAAGAAAAUGCCGUCUUGUCCUCAUUUGAACUCUAUCGAUGAAGUAAAUGUAGAAGCGAUAAAGGGGAAAAUGAAAGAGAGUUGUGAUAAUUGUGAAAAGUCAGGAUCAGAUUUGUGGGUCUGCUUGCAGAAGUGUUGUUCAUUCGUAGGGUGUGGACGAUUUGGUAACAAUCACAUUGAGCUUCACAAUCAGGAAACUGAUCACCACUUGUGUUUACAACUUCAAGAUUUUCACAUGUGGUGUUUUAGCUGCCAGGCGGAAGUGCAGCCCUCUGACAGCUCUGCAGGCAGUGUUGAUGGAACUAGUCCUUCAAGAGNUAAAAUAUUCCUUGGGAAAAAGCUGUGGCGCAGUCUUUCGGUCCUGCAUUUAGUCACUGAAAAAUUGCUAGCGUUCCUUAAUUGA